AUGUCAACAGCUUGCAGCGAAGAACAACGCACGAGAGAGGAAAGGAAUAGAAAACAACAUGAGUACCGCGCUAGGAUUAGGGCUCAAGAAUCAAGCGAGCAAAGGGAGGAGAGAAAUAAGAGGCAGCAGGAGUACCAGCGGGACUACCGUGCUCGGCGAAAUACACAAACAACGGCACCUCCUAAUGCACCAGAUCAGCCAGCAGCGCAAUAUCCAACUUAUGGGACAACGACAUCAGCCGUUCUGCAACCAAUUAAUGAAGGAUAUUUUUCCGCCCCAAACAUGAAUUCUAUUGACGUUAAUAUGACCCCAUGUACGUCAAUUCAAGGAGUGCAUAAAUCACCAUUUCAGACGGGGAAUUCCAGAAUUUUUACUGGCCCAACCUCAGUUCAGGACAAAGAAAAUCAAACCCCAUGCGAUGCUUCGGAAUAG